ACUUCUCUGUAUCGUCGUACCGAACAAGGGGGUGUCUUGUUUUUGUAUCGAUGUCCGCAAAAAAAAGUGCGAAAUAUGACGGCGCACUGCCGUUAUCGGUAACAAUUCCAGCAAUAAAUCGGCGUAAUUAACAUCAUGGUCGCACCGAUGCUACGGUAACAGCAGAAACUACGAGCCCACAACCAUGUCGAUCGACCUAAGCAUCGGCGCGGUGCCGGCGAUCUACAAAGAAGUCCACGCUAUCCUGAACCCGUCGGAAAGAGCCGAAGUCGACCGAGAACUUUAUGGCAAACUCCUAUCGUCGACGAACCUCCCGAAGUCGACAUUAGAACAAGUGUGGGAACUGUCGGGCGCCAGGGUGGGACCGGUGACGCGGACUAGCCUCUACAAGAGCCUAGCCCUCCUGGCAUUGGCACAGCAAGGGAAACAGCUCGACGACAAGUCCCUCGCCAACCUAGAAGCAGUGCCGAGCCCGUCGCUGGGGACUCCGUUGGAGCUGCGGGAGCAUCUGGGGCUUGGACGGAAGAUGAACCUGGACGUGCGGACCGGCGCGGACCCCCGGAUCCUGGGCCUGAGCUACGGCGAGCUGCUGGCACAGGACACCAUCCGGGUGGCACUGGUCCCCGAGAAGAAGGGGCUCAUUCUCAAGCACGUCGUCUACGAGGUCUCUAGUCAGAGGUACCAGUCGUGCGUGGAGCGGCGCUACAACGACUUCGUGGCACUGUUCGACGUGCUCCUGCAGCGGUUCCCGUACAGGGCGGUGCCCCAGCUGCCACCCAAGCGGGCCAUGGCGGAUUCGCAGUUCAUAGAAGAGCGGCGGAGGGCGCUCAAGCGGUUUCUCACCCUGGUUGCACGGCACCCAGUGCUUGCCUCGGACAAAGCAGUCAGCAUUUUCCUCACCUCCAGCGGUACAGACGUGCAGACGAGGCUCAAGGACCACUUCCGGAACCUUCCUGACGAGUUCCUGACCAGCGAACUGGCACGGAAGUCGGACGAGUUGGUGUCCAGCGACGCGACGGUUCAGUUUGCGGUGGUGCGGGAGCAACUUCGUCAGGUCUACGUCUGCCUGGGCCAGCUGAGGGACGCUGCCUACCGGAUGGUGGACCGAUCCAAGAGCGCGGCCGUGGACGUGCUCGUGAUUGGACGAGAGUUUGCGACGCUAAGUAACAUCUCUAAGUUGGAAUCUGACUGGGGGACCGGAGGCAACGAGGCCUGGAACGUGCUGCAAAGGGCUCUGCGUUCGCUCCAGAACCUUUUCACCCCAGUGCACGAAGCGCACUCUGAACAGUCUCUGCACGAAGAGGAGGAAGUCUUGGAAGAAUUGAAUCUGUUCCUGGACCUAUUGGUUGCCUACAAGGCACUGUGCGACCGCCACGAGAGCGGGGUGGUUCUCGGGCACCACAAGGCCAUCAACCGGAUGGUGAAGAAGUCGACAAAUUCUUUUGGGGCGGUGGAUCCGAUGAAGCAGGCGCAGGAGCUGGAGCACAGGACGCAGUUUUCCCUGCACUGCGUGCACCUGGAGAGCCAGCUCGUGUACGCCCACAUGGAGGCGCUGGCAGGCAUCACCAAGGCCCUUGUGCGCAUCCAGGCCGCCGGGCACUCCAAGUUGGGUGCACUCUGGAACAGCAUGGCGCCUGCAGUGUCCAACAUGAUUCCCAGUGCCAGCACCCCGGUCCCGCGGUGAGCCACGGUGCCGAAGUUUCGUCGCUGGACCCUUUCGAAUUAUGGCGGCGCCCUUUCAAGCUCGAAAGCCUGUCUGUGCGAGCCACGUUAACGCAAAGUUUUGUGUCUGUGUCAUACCUCAAGCCUCCCCCAAAAGGUCACACUUGGCAUCUGCAGAUGUUUACGGGUACCUUUCAUCCUCUCAAAAGCAGCAUUUUGUAACGGCAUUAACGGUCGUCAAAAACGCAGACGUGCGAGCAUCGGGAGCAGACGACACUCGAGCACACAGUAGUUGAACAGGAUGCUAUCAUUGGCGAGAGAAACUGAUGCUUGAGGGCACAAUUGCAGAAGACGUUGGAAAGCAUUGGAUACAUAGACGUUUGAUCCGAGUGGUGGGAGCAGACGACCUUGUAGCAUACGACGCUGGAACUCGCAACAGUGUGGUGGAAUGCGGUCGUGAGUGAGAAAGACUCGAAUCGUGGGUGAAGACAGACACUUGCAAGCAACAUUAAAAAACACCGGGAAUGUUUAAACUCGGGUGGGAGGUGACGGGAUCCCUUGAGCACUUCUUAAUGCGACAAAAAUUCCAGGAAGCAUACGACAAACACUUGCGCUGAAGGCCAGAUACAUAGUACUGCGGCGGCAACUUGAGGAUUACUCUGGAUUACGAGAGGACAAUGCAGUGCGUGCAAAGAGCUUGUACAGUGGACACUUUUACAUUAUUUAUAGUGUGGCUCACGCCACCGUACAAUGGCGCAUACAGGCCAAGCUAUGUGCAAGCAUGUGGCAAGUGCAAUGACAGAGAAGUCAAGACACGUUUUACUGAGAAACGUGCCUGGAAAUACCGGUGUCUUUGUAAGCGUUGUUUUUGUGGUUACAAUUCUUCUGGAGUUACCUCAAGAGGUGGAUUGUUGUAUACCGAGUGUGUUAGGACGUCGAAGAGUUUGUAAGGUCGCAUUUUUUCAGACUUGCAGGCCGUGCUGGUGUUGACUGCACACAUUCCAGUGUUUAAAAGGGACUUGUUCCACAACCUGCUGUGAGCAUUUUUGGAAAUAUAUAGUAUUUUUUCAUGGCAGUUACAAUAAAAAAAAGUAUAUUUCUAGUUAUCA